CUGUACGUCUUUGAGGUAAAAUACUCGCAGCGAAUCAAGCUUGCAGAGGUAUCCUACUGCGCGAAAGUUGAUAUCCUCCGAAAUAUUAAGGCCUUCCCUAUAUGGCAUGUGCGCAUUAUAAGCCACUCACAGGCUGGUUUUUGGCAAAAUUCACCAGAUGUGGGGUUCACAUACCAAAAUGAAAAGAGUUUUAGGAACUCGUGAUUUUCUUUUGUUACUUUUAUGCCAAUGUUUGCUUAUGACUAGAAGCAGUUUAGAACAAUUGUGUCUUUAAUGAUUUAAAUGAACGGAUGGACAAAGCUAAAAUAGUUUACAAUUUUUUUUUAAUCGAGUGUAUAGUUUACAAAGAAAAUGUUUCUGAAAAUAUCAAAUGAUAAUGGUACCUUGAGUUAAACCUGAGAAAACAAAAACAUAAAAAAGUAAUGUGAUUGUUAAUUUUUUAACUUUUGAACAAUGGCGCAUAGGCGGAAAAGUUCUCACCCUGUGUGUAAAACUCGCAGGAAUUUGGAAUUAACCAUACAAGAUGUGAACGACGAUGAUGAUGACAGUGAUUUGAUCGAUUCGACACAGUCACGUGACCAUAGUGGUAACCAUGGAAAUACAUCUGUUACUGUCGAAACGGACGACGAGGACGGCCAACAGAUUGUCCUGCCGUCGGAUCUGUUCAAGGACUUUGAGGCAAUCAGAUCCCAGACUAAACUUGAUGCCACCAACUUGAUGAGACGUCUUCUCAAGGAUUAUCAAAGCAUUUCAACUGUUGGUGACAAGCCCCUACAAGGACAAAGUGAAGAACAUGUUGAAAAUGAUAUCCACGGCAACCAAAAUUUACCAGCCACAACCUCAAUUGCAAAAGACGUCUCCUUGGCAACCGCGCGCGUGGAUACAGACGAUGAUCAAUAUCAAGGCUUGGAUCUUUCAGUGGGAACGCGAAAAAUCAGCUCACAGUUAUUUGAUACAAAAUCAUUGAACAGUGAGCCAUUUGAACAACCAUUAGAUCUCUCUUGCACAAAAACACCUACCACGAAAGACUCUUUAAGUCGAGAAAGUCCGUCCUCGUCUCAGUUAGAUAUUUCCAGUGUUAACAAUGAGUUCAAUUAUGUUUACGUUUACCCUGGACUUUAUCCUCCCACCUCGGGUGUGAUGUCAAAUGACGACAUUGAAGCUGAUGGCCAAGCUCAAAAUAUCUCUCCUGUUCCUGAACUGCUUUUACCCGGAAAACUCGUGUCACCAGAUUCAUUGUCAAGGGCACAGUUUGUCAGUUCGUCUGAUAUACCUGAUAACCUCUACGCAGGCGCACAAACCCGUUACAGGGAUUUCACAACCCCAGUUGUACAGAGACAAACCUCCCCGGCUUCACCUCUUCCGAAAUUGUCGCCCACGAAUAUUAAACAAGAACCUACUAAUAUUAAACAGGAACCUGGCGAGAUAAGUUACAGAAUGUCCGAAAAUCAAGGUCAGCACUUCCAGUCUGGUCAAAAACCUCGACAUUUAACUGGUUCCUCGCCACCGGGCAAAGGUGGCAAGAAAGAGUGUAAGAAAUCCUCAGAAAUGAAAGUGAUUUCUGAAAACACGACGGCCGGUGUAUAUACAAGUGUUAUGAAAUUGCCAUGGAGCCGAAGAACAAGGACUAAAAAGCCAAAACACAAGGUCAAACUUGAGGAUACUCUUAUACCCCAGUUCAUGCUGGAGCAGGGUAAAACCGGAAGUCAGAUUCCAGACUGGAAUCCAUCACAGGUCUCCCCAGGCAACACGAGCUCAGACCAGAAUCCUGUCGCCAAAACGCCCGAGUGUUCCGAAUCUGUGAUGAUGGUAUAUCCAAGUGGUGGAACAUCUGCGUAUGGAAAACCUGUGAGAAAACGUGGACGGCCUCCUAAACUUCCUAUGUUAGCAAAGUUACUACAGAACCAACAAGGAGGGAAGAAAAGUAAACAAGAAAAACAGUCAGAAGAUAUGCAAGCGCAGAUCACACAACAAGUACAGGCAAAUGGUGGAAUGGUCGUUUACAACGCAGGUGGUCAGAUUAUGACAGCUUUUGGCGGUAUGCCACUCCAGCAGGCACCAACAUCGUCCCCUAGCACAGACGAGCAACCGAUGCCAACACCAGUUAUGCCAAAUAUGGCACAAGCUCAACUUAUAGGACAAAUACCUUUGUCGCAGCUGACAGGCGGCCCCAUUCAGUUUCUCGGACAAUUUCCAGCUCAGGCACUUCCAUUUCCGGGUCAGCUUUUACAGACUGUUCCAGCUGCUACCUCAGAGGGUCCAGGUCAGCAACAGCCUGCAGCAGACGACCAAGAUCAAAAUGUUUCCAAAAAUGAUGCAAAAGAAGUCCAGUCAGAAAGCCCACCCAAAACGGAUACAGUCCCUCAGGUUAAUUAUCAGUAUGCUUUCCAACCUAUGUUUAUUCCAGCAGGCGCACUUCCGCUUCCUGUACCGCCCCCUGUAUCAAUGCCAGCAACAGUUAAUGACGUCACGCCAAGCGCUACGGAAGAGACUCCACAGACAUCCGAUUCCAGUACAGUUAGCGAUUCCUCGGGCACCGUCAACAUGAGCCAAGGCGCCUCCACGCAUGUUAUGAAGCUGGAAGGAUCGAACACGAUCAGCACAAUGAGCACAACGAGCAUUUCAAACACUGGCUCUGGUGCGAUAUACCAAGAAAUGAUUCUAUCCUCAAAAUCAUUGGUCGAUGUGAAGAAGAGACGCAGACAGACCGCAAUUCAAAUGCUCAAAUCAAAAUCUGGUGAUCAAAAUUUCUUAUGCACAUCGUUCAGAAUACGACCCCGACUUGUUGCUCAGGCACAGGCGCAAAAAGAAAGACUAGCUGCUAAAGGAGUUAAGGAAGAGUACGUUGAAGAUGAAAUGGAAUUCUCUGAUCCAAAAAACUUGAUACGUCCCCAAAAUGAUAGCAGUCAUUUUGGGGAAAACAAUAAUAGUGAAUUGUGUGACAUCGACUUUGCGAAUAUUCAGAUCAAACAAGAAAUUGAUCCAGAUGAACUCUAUGAAAAGGUGAAAGAAAUAGCGUACAAAAAUAGUAAACAAGAGACAAAUGCAUCAAACGAAGAUACUUUAGUUAAAACGGAAAACCCAGCAGUCAAAAGAUACAUGUUAAAAGGAUCUCAAAAGAGAAAAGCCAAAUUUUAUGGAAGCAGAAUUGUCAAUGACGCCGCUGACAUCGCCGCUAUCAACGGAAAUGACCAAACGACUAAUGCAAAUGAAGGGAAUGACACAAACUCAAGCGAUUUGUUUCAAGAACUAUUUAAUUGCAAAGUUUGUAACAAAAUUAUUUCUGUGGACGACAUGGAAGCACAUAGUCUGGAACAUAUGAACAAAAACUUUCAUUGUCAAAAAUGUGGACAAGGAUAUAAUGAAAGUCAGUUGAGCGUAGAUGAAUUUCCAAAAUGUCCCAAUUGUAAUGAAACCCUUACUAAACUCGAGAACUCUUUAGAUUGCAACGACACAACUAUUGCAUGUGACGAAUGUCCUGAAACAUUCAAGUCGUUACCGGAAUUUUAUGAGCAUAAAACUGGCCAUAAGAAUGACCAAACUGCUCAGGGGGGUUUUGAAUGCGAUUUUUGUGGAAAAGUGUAUCAGUACUAUCAUGCACUACAGUUUCAUCGGCGGACCCAUAGAGAACGCAAAGUACCAUGUUUAGACAAAGCAUGCGACAUGAAAUUCCGCAGCAGAAAGGAAAUGGAACUUCACUUUGACUCUAAACAUCCAGAAAAGAAGGAAUAUUUUCAUUGUGUAUAUGAAGGAUGUACCAAGAAAUUUCUGAAAAACUUUCACCUUCAAGAGCAUAUUAGGGUCAAGCAUUACAAUAUUAAGGCGUUCCAAUGUCCGUGGCCAGGGUGCCUGAAGGAGUUUGCAGCCCAGAGACAUUUAAAAAUCCAUCUUUUGAUUCACCGUGAUGAGAAACCAAUGAAGUGCGACCAUUGUGACUACAGAUGUCGCCAGCGUAGUGCCAUGAAUUGGCACAUGCGCAAACACCCGGAUGUUCCCUACAAAUACAAAAGAGCGACUAAAUCUCCCAGUGUCUCCAAGUCGGAGAGUGAAUAAAGUAUGUAUAAAGGGAGAUAAUACGGAGUUAGUCAAGGGAAUGCAAAAGAUGGAUUUUUAAAUGUCUCUAGGUUGCAAUAUUCCUUUUUCGGAUGAAAACUUUUGACUGAGGCAUGAACAAAAACAAACAGACAUAUAUUAUGAUAAUAAGGAAAGACAGAACUUUUAAGAAGUUUGAAUAAUCUCGCUUGUAUUUUCAUAUUUAAUGUGGAAAUCUUAAAAUUUGAGUUAUUGAAAUAUGUACUGCCAUGUAAAUGUUUUGAUACAAACAUAAUUUAAUAUAAAAGCAUUAGACUCAAAUAAAGCUAUGUUUUUAA